AGCGUAAAUGUUAUGGAAGUUUGUUUUUCCAUGACAACUUGGUUAUAGUAAUUAUUUUCACCUAGCCAGUCUAUUGCUGAAAACUACCACAAUUGUACGACAAACUGGCAAUAACAUGUUUUUAUCAAACGAGGGAUUAAAUAACGUACCGUUUGCAACGCAGGAAAUUUGGAAGAUUGUUACGAGAACUCCACCGACUCUGUCCAAAAAUUACAAUAAAAUUUUGGUUAAAAUUUUGUGACAGUAGCAGUCGAAAAAGACAUACAUCGGAAUGCGUGCACUCCCCCUCGAGAUAACAACUAACCAAUCCUCACACGACAAGUGGUAACCCGCUAACCUGUACUGAGGCACCGAGCAGAGACUUGCGAGGGAGGCAAGGCCACCGCCUCGACCCGUGAGCAAAUGAUAACCAACUCAUACCCGCAGCUACCUCCUCUCACCUUUGCAUCGAUCCAUCCAUAUAACCACCAUAACCACCUCCAUUCUUUGACUGCCUUCCCUUGCACUCCACACUUACAUCUCUGCUGUUCCUAUUUCUCUCUCUCUCUAUACAUAACACUGGGAGCGACCGAACUGAGGCACUCACAACCAGAGCACUCCCUCCUGCUAGAAUCACCAUCAGCAAGCAUGACACCGAUCAGUGAGCAGCAGCCCAAGGAGCUGGAGGCACAAGCUGCAACAAGCCAGCAUGAUGCUCCAAUUCGAAAUGAGGAAGCGGCAAUUGAGGAUGCAAGAAACGCUGAGCAGGAGCAACAACAGGAGGCGAGGCGCCAGCGGGACUUCCUCGCGGGGAUCAGGAAGAUCAUCAAGAGCUUCAAAAGCCUCUCCCACAUUUUCGAGAUAUACAAAGAGGACGACGACGAUGAGGACGAGGACAUGGACAUGGGUAUCGAGAUCGGGCUCCCCACUGAUGUGCAGCACGUGACGCACAUCGGUCUGGAUGGGUCCACCAAUAUGUCGAGCCUGAGGGGGCUGGAGGGGGCGAGGGAGCUUCUCUCCCUCUCCAACCUCACUACCCUUGAGCAGUUUGAGCUCGCCAUGGCCUCGCUGGCUGCUCCUAGCAAGGAGCACAAUGGGAGUGCUAGAUAGAGUUUCCCUUAGUUAAUUAAAUUAAAUUGCCACAUAGUGUUUGUAAUCAUUGAUGUUUCUUCUUUUUGCUUCUUUUCAUGGCUCUUUUUAUUUCUCAAAAUUGUUUUGGUUAUGUCCCUCGUGGUGUUUUGAAAUGGAGCUGAAGGGUAUUUCUUUGUUUCA